AUGCUCACAAACUCAGGGAUUACUCAGAAGCCCGAGGAGCUCUCAGAUCCGGGGGCAGGGAAUGGAAAGGAAGCCAGGAGCAAGCCGCGGAAGAACAUGUACAGGGGCAUCCGGCGGAGGCGAUGGGGUAAAUGGGCGGCGGAGAUCCGGGACCCGCGGAAAGGUGUGAGGGUGUGGCUCGGCACCUAUAGCACCCCGGAGGACGCCGCCCGGGCAUACGACGUGGCCGCCCGCGAGAUACGGGGCAAGAAAGCCAAGCUGAACUUCCCAGUCCCUAAGCCUGCGGUGUCCGCCGUGAGGACAUCAUUACCAUCCCCUCCUCCGUCUUCGGACUUUUCCUCCUCUUCCUCCGCCUGGCCUACUCCCCGCCCUGCGCCGUCUGAAGCCGAACUGAAAAGGGAGAUCUCGAAUCUGGAGCUGCUUCUGGGCCUGCCGCAUGAAGAAUCGGACGCCUGGAUGGGAGGCGGUUGCGGGCCGUACGAUCUGGAGAUAUUUGACGAGGUCGAUCUGGUCAUCUAA